CCGGGAAGACGAAUUGUCCAGUUAGUUAUUUUGACUACUUCCUGCUGCCCCCCCCCCACCCCCCCCCUAAAAAAACUUCCUGCUAACGUUGGCUACUGCUGCUCUCACACAGGUGGCUCGUACUCUGAAAUAGUUGAACUAAAGUAAAGGUAUGUUUUUGUCUUCUUUAUAAAAGCGUUGAAGUGGUAACCCAAUUGUGUUAUAGUGGCCACACUGACCAACUUGUCUUGUUUGUUGUCCAACACUUUGGAAGCGUAGCUGUUUUCUCCGUAACGUUAGCAGCUAGCUAAUUUAGCUAACUAGCUAGUAUGUCCACACAUUAUUUUUUACAUAACAGUCGUCAUUAUUGUGUAACUUUAGCUAACUAACGUCGUUAUGACCUAGCUAUCCACUGCCUGUCAUGGAAAAUGCGUAAACAAACAGUGAAAUGUACAGGCUUUAAUCUGGUUAACAGUUAGGGUGAAUUCAAUUCAGUCAAUGCAAGUGCUUUCCAAUACAGAUCGUUAUUCUUGAACUGGACUCAACAUGCUGGUAAACAGCAGAGAGGAAGCGAGAGGCCCAACUCGUCGGAGAAUCUGUCUCCCUCCAGCAGGUGGCGUUUUUCCGUUGUUUCGCCCACCAAGGAAGUUGUUUUUGUAUGGAGGUCAAAGAGUGUCCAAUUUGGUCAACAAAAAAAUGAAUGGCUUAUUUGCUACGUGUGGUUUAUUUGGUCGAAUAGAAGUUUCGUAAUGUUUAAGUUGUUACGAGUGUACUGAUAUAAGUAAGACACAUGAAAUUCGGCAACUUUGAGAAAAACACUUAUAUCGGAGUUGUCUCGAGAUGGCUAUUCAUAUUGAUGUCAUGAGGAUAGUGCCAUAUGGUACAGAUUAUUUUAUGGGACAAUAUACAAACGUUUUGAGAGAGAUCAUUUGAAAAAUACAGUUUUAUUGAGUAAAUGUAUUAAUUGGUUUCUUUUCAUUUUGAUAAGUGACGAAAAUGUAAUUAAUUUAACGUUAUUUGUUGAUGUUGUGUCAUUAGAUGUGGGGUGGGGUUGUGCGAAAUUCUUAUGGAAAAAAUGCUGUCCCCAGAAAUUCUGACUGGAAAAAAUGGGGUCCCCGCUGAAAAAGUUUGAAUACCACUGCUCUGGGUGCAUGUAUCUGGAGCCAAAAGGGGUAGACUGAAGUAAAGCCCAUAAAUUCAGUCAUUGGUCAGAAAGAGCUAGAGUAUGCCCACUUACCAUAUGAGACCCUGCACCAAUGACUGCAUGCCCUACACAGAGGGGUAGUUAUACCACAAAGCAGGAUCAAUGAAAGGAGCCCAGCAAGUGAGAAUGUUGAACAAAAUCCCAUUUCAACUUAUUCUGCUGGUUCAUCUGGGUGUUGGAAAUAUAAUCUUGUUCAGUAGUCUGACUUCCAGGGCUUGUUAUCUGAGGAUGAGGUAGGCCUAUACAGCCAGGCCAUAUAAAAGCCAGAGCAUAUUGUACAUGUAUAUAUUCUUCCCUCUCUUUUCCCUGGCCUGUUUGAUUGUAGGCGUACAACCCAACUGAGCCAUGUCAUCACGCGUGCUGCUUCGGCAGCAGCUGAUGCGGGAACAAGCCCAGGAACAAGAGAGACGGGAGGCCCAGCAGCAGGCCUCUGUGGCUCAGCUCAGGGCAACUGACUCCACCCCUGCCAUCUCUGUCACUCUGCCCCCAAUGGCUGCUCGCCCUCCGCCCACACAGGUGCCCGUGGAGGUGUUGAAGGUGAGACUCCACUUCUAAAGGCUUCUCUCCAGAGGAACUACACUAGCAUGGCAUGCCGCAUCAUGAAAUGGCAGCUUAUAACCUCCAUACUAAAUUGGCAUGUUACAAGCUGCAUUCUUAGUUGGCUGUUUGACUGACGUUCUUUAUUUAAAUCUGUUAGGUGCAGACCCAUCUGGAGAACCCCACCAAGUAUCACAUCCAGCAGUCUCAGAGGCAGCAGGUGAAGCAGUAUCUCUCCACCACCCUCGGCGAUAAGGUGGCACCUCAGACCCCGGGUGUGUCUCCCUUGCCACUGUCUAGCUCUGCCCCUGAGAUGGCUCCCACAGCCCUCAGUGCUCCAAACAGCUCAAUGGCUUUACUCAACCUGGGAUCCAACAAAGAGGAGGUAUGUGGUAUGACUGAAGACCUCAUUACACUGCAAUACACCCCUCACAUUCGCUUGUUGUCUUAAGUGGGAUGGUAUCAUGCUACAAUUUGUAUGGACCUACUGCCUUUUGCGGCAGGCAACAAAUUAGUUACAAAUAUGAACUCCCACAAUUUACAGACAUUUUGUUUAGUCUAAAUGGAAUAAAGCUAUGGGAAGUCCAUGGAUAAAGCACACAAUUGAACGGCUUCUCAUUGUCAAUUCCCAGACAUAUUUUCCAUGAAAGUUUAGGUUGAAGGCCUAACCUACUGGUCACUUAUUUCUAAUUACUUUUUGUUCUGUAAUGACAUGCUUGAGAUGUCUCAACGAGGAUGCAUGACUCUUGCCAUGUUGCCCUUGUUGGCUUAGUGGUACAGUCUGCUGUUAAAUACUACACUGGCAGCUUAAUGAUAUCUGCACCUCUCUUACUCACAUGCCUUUGCUUUUGAAAUCAUUCUUCAUUAGGGCAAGAUAAUUACUUGCUUUGUGUCAGUGUACCUCCCCUAUAUACAUUUCAAGUAAGUAAUGUAAUAAAGUUAAAUUCAAGCUGUCCUUUAACUUUCCACGGUAAAAAAAUAAAUAUUUUAUUAGGUGUUCUAUUAAUGUAAAGCUAAGUUAUUCUAUGCAUUGAUUGUGUGUGUGUGUGUAUCUUUCCAGAUAGAUGGCGUAAUUGACGACAUUAUCAGCCUUGAAUCAAGUUUCAAUGAUGACUUCAUGACGUUAAUUGACUUGGGUCUACAGCUGCCUAGUACGGUAUGUGGAAAUGUGUAUUUGUGCAUUGCACUUGGGCUAAUCCAAAAAGGGACAAGGUUAAACAAAAUGUAUGGAUCUGUCAAAUUAGUGACCAUUAUGCAGUGAAAUUAAAUUAACAAAUAGCCUAUCAUUCUUGGAAUUAUCUUGCUAUAUCUGUUUUGUCUUGGUUUAAAUUCUCAAACUGGAAUUCAGUGGUGCUGUAGGAGUAAACAUACACUUCUGGCACUUAACUAAGACUAGUCAGGCCAGUGUUGUGUGGGUGGGGUAGCAACAAGGGGAAAUGGGAGAGGAGGACAAAGAAUGCAGGGCAUGGCAGUAUGUGAAGUUGGAAUGGUGGACAGUGCAGAGGGUUAGCAAAAUAUGUUUUUAAACAGUCGAGUUGCUUCAGGAACAUGCAAAGAAAAGAAAGAAUAUUGAGGUAAAUCAAUCGUGGUGUUUGGUAGUACAAGACAAAGUGGCCUUGUUAAGGGGAAUAGACAUUUAGCAAUUUCUCUCACAUUUAUAAGGAUUUAUAGCCUACCUCAACACCUGUCAGAUUUGUUUCAAAUUCAAAUGCGUUAAUGCUUUUGGAGAACUUUCCCUUAAUUGAAGGUUCUACAAGGUAUUAGACCUGUAAUAAAUUGUGAUGACUUGCUUGAAAUGAUAUUACAUAUAAGCCAGCCAACCUGUAAUAUGGUAAUUUAGUAUCCUUGUGUACAAUCAUUGAAGGUCAAAUAUAAUACAGCGCUACAGUGUAGCCUAUCUUAUAAAUGUUCUACUUCUAUCAGGAUAGUUCUUACGAGAGAUGUUAGUACAUACAAUUGUACUUUUUUUUCUUUUCGGAUUUAUUGGAAAUAUAGGUUGUUGAAUUCCCAUUAUCAAAUCAAAUUGUAUUUGUCACAUACACAGUUUACAUCAGGUAUAAAAGGUGCAGUGAAAUGCCUCAACAAUGCUGUACAUUAGUCAAUAACAAUAAUAACAAAGAGUCAAGUAAAAAAUAACAAGUAAUAGAAGUAAUAAGAGAGGUAGUAUGCAUAGUAAUAAUGGACUGUAUUACACUGUAUUUACAAAUAUAAAGUGGGUAGUGACUUGAUCACACAGUGGAAUAAAUAUUAUAUAAUAGUGGGGUGGCAGGUAGCCUAGCGGUUAAGCUCGUUGGCCCAGUAACCGAAAGGUCGCUGGUUCGAAUUUCCGAGCCAACUAAGUGAAAAAUCUGACUGUGCCCUUGAGCAAGGCACUUAACCCUAAUUGCUCCUGUAAGUCGCUCUGGAUAAGAGCGUCUGCUAAAUGACUCAAAUGUAACAAUAGAACAGCAGCGUUGAGUGUGUGUUUGUGUGGGUAGUCAGUGCAAAAAAUCUCUGAGGUGCAAAUAGUCUAAGGUUCAGGGAGACCACUAGAGUUCGCUGUUCCGCAGUCUGAUGGCCUGGUGGUGGUAGCUGUCUCGGAGUCUGCUCCUGUACUCCCUGUACACGACUGCAUGGCCACGCACGACUCCAACACCACCAUUAAGUUUGCCGACGACACGACCGUGGUGGGCCUGAUCGCCAACGGCUACGAGACAGCCUGUUUUGAAAGUUAUAACAUUUAAAUGAGUAUUCUGAUACAUGUAGAACAAGAAAAGACAAUAGAAAAUAUAUUGAGUUGAAUUUUUCUGUUUCAUUAGUUUCUCCAGUAAGCUUGUCCAGGUUGUCAGUGUCAAACUUUGUUUGCUUUGAUAUUAAUGCAGUGGUUUCCCGUGUCUCUUACAGCUCCCCGGGAACCUCCUGGAUGUAUACCAUAGUCCUGGAAUGGCAGCACCUACCCUCACUGUCAGCAACUCCUGCCCUGCGGAUCUGACCAGUAUUAAAAGGGAAUACUCUGGUAUGGCUUUGUUCCUUUCCCUGUACUAGGCCCAUGAUCCUCACUGUCCACUUCCUCCUUAUUUUAUAUAGCUCUGGAGAUAAUGUUUUUUUUGGAUUAUAAACUUCUUAUGUGAUGUCCUAUGUAACUUUCCAUUUUGUUGAAUUGUAACUUGUAAAUUGUAAGAAUGUAUUUUUAGAUUGCACAGCAGCACCUCUAAAGUAUAUGUUAUGUUCAAUAUGCAGAUACCAAAGCGCUGGUGAAAGAAAGACAGAAGAAAGACAACCAUAACCUCAGUGAGUCAUACCUUUUACAUUUUUGCUCACUUCUGUAUUGUUCUUUACCCACUAUGAUGCUAGACAGCUCUUGUUCCUCUUGGAGUGGCAGUGAGUUUCAUUUCUAAAUCUCUUUCUCCAUGGUUUCUCUUGACAGUUGAGAGGAGGCGGAGGUUUAACAUCAAUGACCGCAUAACGGAGCUGGGGUCCAUAAUACCAAAGUCAAGUGAUCCGUGAGUUUGUCAUUAUUUUUCUCUUAUUCGGGACAUUUACUUUGGAUGACUUAAUCAGUUGUGGUAUUGACACAAAUGAAAUCUCAAUCAGAUUUUCAAUUUUGGGAAUGAAAAGCAAUAUUCAAUUUGUAUCAGAUUUGAUAUUCCUCUCUAACAACCUUCUCUAUUUCUCUCAUGGCUGUAGGGAGAUGCGCUGGAAUAAGGGCACCAUUCUGAAGACCUCGGUGGACUACAUCAGGAAGCUGCAGAAGGAGCAGCAGAGAGCCAAGGAGGUAGAGAUGCGUCAGAAGAAGCUGGAACAUGCUAACCACAGCUUGAUGCUGCGCAUCCAGGUUAGUUAUUGGACAUACAGUACCUUCAAAGUAUUCACACCUCUUGACUUUUCCACAUUUUGUUGUUACAGCCUGAAUUUAAAAUGGAUUAAAUUGAGAUUUUUUUGUCACUGGCCUACACACAAUAACCAAUAAUGUCAAAGUGGAAUUAUGUUUUUCAGAAUGUUUACUAAUUAAAAACGAAAAGCUGAAAUGUCUUAAGUCAAUAAGUAAUAUAAGCAAGCCUAAAUGAGUUCAGGAGUACAAAUGUGCUUAACAACUCACAUAAUAAGUUGCAUGGACUCCCUCUGUGUAAAAUAAGUGUUUAACAUGAUUUCUGAAAGACUACCUCAUCUCUGUACCCCACACAUACAAUUAUCUGUAAGGUCCCUGAGUCGAGCAGUGAAUUUCAAACACAGAUUCAACCACAAAGACCAGGGAGGUUUUCCAAUGCCUCACAAAGAAGGGAACCUAUUGGUGGAUGGGUAAAAAUAAAAAAGCAGAACUUGAAUAUCCCUUUUAGCAUUGUGAAGUUAUUAAUUACACGUUGGAUGAUGUAUCAGUACACCCAGUCACUACAAAGAAACAGAUGUCCUUCCUAACUCAGUUGCUGCAGAGGAAGGAAACCGCUCAGGGAUUUCACCAUGAGGCCAAUGGUGACUUUAAAACCGUUACAGAGUUUAAUGACUGUGAUAGAACUGAGGAUGGAUCAAUAACAUUGUAGUUACUCCACAAUACUAACCUAAUUGACAGAGUGAAAAGAAAGCCUGUACAGAAUAAAACAUAUUCCAAAACAAGCAUCCUGUUUGUUUUAAGGCGCUAAAGUAAAUUAACUUUGUCCUGAAUAUAAAGCUUUAUGUUAGGGGCAAAUCCAACACAACCCAUCACGGAGUACCACUCUUCAUAUUUUCAAGCAUGGUGGUGGCUGCAUCAUGUUAUGAGAAUGUUUGUCAUCGGCAAGGAAGUAUGUUAGAAUAAGAAGAAACGUAAUAAAGCUAAGCACAGGCAAAAUCCUAGAGGAAAACCUGGUUCAGUCUGCUUUCCAACAGACACUGGGAGACAUUCACCUUUCAGCAGGACAAUAACGUAAAACACAAGGCCAAACCUACACUAGAGUUGCUUACCAAGACCACAUUGAAUGUUCAUGAGUGACCUAGUUACAGUUUUGACUUAAAGCAGCUUGAAAAUCUAUGGCAAGACUUGAAAAUAGCUGUUUAACAAUGAUCAACAACCAACUUGACAGAGCUUGAAGAAUUAUAAAAUGAAUAAUGUGCAAAUAUUGUACAAUCCAGGUGUGCAAAGCUCGUAGACUUACCCAGAAAGACUCACAUCUGUAAUCACUGCCAAAUGUGAUUCUUCAAAAAAAAUAUUGUAACCACACUUUUUUUCAUUCCACACCGUUCACGAAAAUGUAUCGCUCCUACAGACUGUGUCACGUGGCCUUGGCGCUAUAUAAAGCAGGCAGACAGACAUCGAGGCAUUCCGUUACUGUUUGAUUUAAUGUUAGAAUGGGCAGAACUAGCGACUUUGAGCGUGGUGUGAUAGUCGGUGCCAGGCACACCGGAUCCAGUAUCUCAAACGGCUUCCUUCCUGGGUUUUUCACUCACGACAGUGUCUAGGGUUUACCGAGAAUGGUGCAGCAAACAAAAAACAUCCAGUCAGCGGCAGUACUGUGGGCAAAACAGAUUGUUGAUGAGAGAGGUCGAGGAGAAUGGCAAGAAUUGUGCAAGCUAACAGGCGUGCCACAAACAGACAAAUAACGGCGCAGUACAACAGUGGUGUGCAGAAUGCAUCUCGGAACGCACAACUCGUAGAUCCUUGUCACGGAUGGGCUGUUGCAGUAGACGACCACACCGUGUUCCACUCCUAUCAGCUAAAAACAAGAAGAAGUGGGCGCGCGAUCACCAACACUGGACAAUUGAGGAGUGGAAAAACAUUGCCUGGUCCGACGAAUCCCGGUUGCGUCAUGCUGAUGGCAGAGUCAGGAUUUGGCAGAAGCAGUAUGAGUCCAUGGAUCCAUCCGGCCUGUUGUCAACGGGACAGGGUGGUGGCGGUGGUGUACUGUUGUGUGGAAUGUUUUCCUCGCACAAUUUAGGUCCCUUGAUACCAAUUGAGCAACGAUUGAACGCCAUUCCCCGAAAAAUUCAGGCUGUUCUGGAGGCAAAGGGUCCAACCUGGUACUAUAUGGGUGUACCUAAUAAACUGAGCACUGAGAGUAUAUUCCUUUUAUUUUUCAUAUUUUUAUUUUUACAAAUGUUUUUAAAAAAUCUGCCACUGACAUUAGAGUAUAUUGUGUAGAUCGUUGACAAAAUAAUUAAAUUUAAAUAAAUUUUAAUCCCACUUUGUAACACAACAAAAUGUGGAAAAGGUCAAGGGGUGUGAAUACUUUCUGAAGGCACUGUAGUUGUCAUGAAUAUAAGGAGAAAACUUAUAGAAAUGUUAUCAUACAAUAUAUUUAGUGAUUAGUCACAAUGUUCCCUUAUUUCCUUUUAUUGUUCUUAUGUGAAGGAGUUGGAGAUGCAGGCUCGGCUCCAUGGCCUCUCCAGCCCGGUGUCCCCUGGCCUGAGUUCAGACCCCUCCCUCCUCCAGCAGCAGCACCUUCAGCAGGGAGACCAUACACUGGGGCCCAGCACUGGAGAGGCCUGCUCCCAAACCUUUCUCAGCCUGGGGGCCGCAGCCAUGGCACAGCCUGUCCCUACCUCCUUCCUCUCCCCACCCUCCUCUGACUCCCCGGUGGGUGUGACCAUAAGCAGCCCCCUGGACCUGGGCAGUCUGAGCUUCCCUGAGCUGGAUGACCCCUCCAAUGCUGGGCUGUACCUAGACGUGGGGUUGGGGGACAUCCUCAUGGACGAGGAGUGCACACUGUCCCCAGAGAGGAUGGACCCGCUGUUUUUCGUGUCACCAGGUGUCUCAAAGACCAGCAGUCGUAGGAGCAGCUUCAGCAUGGAGGAGGACUUGUAGCGGGGUCAUAUGGG